CCACGGUCGGAUCCUGUAGCGGUGCUCUCCGGUACCAAGGCACCAAGGCUCCUGAUUGUUGCUCCAGCUUUUUUCAGGUCUGCGCGUCGGUGGUGGCCAGCGCCCCGGGAGGCCUGAGAGGAGGAGCCAGCUGCGCGGAAUCCCUGCAGGACAAGGAGGGGGCAUCGCAACAUGGAAACAGCCCGCAGUGAAGAUGGAGGAACGCCUGCGAACCAGGGCGUGAUGGCAAACGAAGAACAGCCGCAGGAUGAGGGAAGGCCAGAAGUAGCUUCUACUCUGGAAGACAAGGACAUGUUAGGGAACAGGGGAAAGACGGAGGAUGAGGACGGGCUGAGGGAUAAGGACAAGCCAGAGCAUGAGGGAAAGGCCCAGGGAGGAGGAGAGGCAGGGAGAGAGGGAAAAGCGGAAGAGGGAGGCAAGUCAGAGAGCUUGGGCAAGCCAGAGAGUGAAACCAGGGCUGCAGCAAAGCGCCCGGCUGAGGACGACGUACCCAGGAAAGCCAAAAGAAAAACCAACAAGGGGCUGGCUCAGUAUCUCAAGGAGUACAAAGAGUCCAUACACGAUAUGAAUUUCAGCAAUGAGGACAUGAUCAGAGAAUUUGACAAUAUGGCUAAGGUGGAGGAUGACAGGAGAAAAUGCAAACAGAAGUUGGGAGCUUUCGUGUGGAUGCAAAGAAAUUUACAGGACCCCUUCUACCCGAGGGGCCCAAGGGAAUUCAGGGGAGGCUGCAGGGCCCCGCGAAGGGACAUUGAAGACAUCCCUUAUGUGUAGUAAGAUUUGCUAACCAUAUGCUACUACUUGGCUUUAGAUGUCCAGCCCGUUACCAGUAGCCUUUUGACUCAAGUGCAGUGUUCUAAAUUGCAGUAGCAGAUUUGCAUUCAUUGCAUGGGAAAAUGUUUAUAAUAUAUUGUAAAAUUAAGAAAAAAAACACAACUUGCAGUACCAUAUAUAUAUGGCAUCAGUCCAUUUUUGUAAAACUACAUUUUACAUAUAGAAAACAACUCUAAAAGUUGUGCACACUAAAACAUUAGCAGUAGUUACCUGUGGGUAAUAUUUUUAUUCUAUCCUUUUUUCAUUCAUCCACAGUUUGUUCUAAAAAUAGAUUACUUUUGUCAUAAGAUAAUGAAAAAUAGAAAUAUAUGAGCAAUCAAAAGAACUGUCCAGUGAGCUUAUGAAGGCAGUGGAGACACAAUUCUUGUUGUCCAGGACAUAAAGUUGAUAGGAAAACAUUGCAUUAUCUCUGGGACUCAAAGCUAGAGGAAUCAACUUGAUGAUUAUUACAGAUCUUAAGGAGCAGCCUUGUUAUCUGUGAACUGAGGAUAAAACUUGCCUUCCAGGACUGUGGAGAAGAUCAAAUGAGGUACAAUGUGAAGCUAUGAUGGGUUGGCUCCUACCCUCUUCCCCACACUAGCAGAAGCAGCCCUCAGGCACCUGGGGGAAGCUGGAGGGAGGUCUCACCUGUACUCAGGAAUAAGGCCAGAUAACUGAGAGGUGGGGGCCACUCUCCCCUGAGUAAUGUCAUGUCUGGUGGGCACGGUGCCUCUUCUGGAUCCUGCAUAUCCUAAGGUCCCCGCUGCUGCUGGUGGCCUAGAGACUGAUGGGCUAAAGCAACACCUGUGUCCCAAGAGAAGGGGUAGAGAAUUGCUCUUCUUAUGAUAGAGUUCUGCUAACUCUAUCAUAGGUAGUGGGUAGUAUCCAGUUGUCAUUUGGGCCCUGACAUUUUAUACAAAGUUCUUACAAAGCACUGCUUUUCAUGUUUCUUGUUGAUAGGUGUGUGUGGUUUUGGUUUUGGUUUUGUUUUUUUGCAUAGAGACAUCUCGCUAGAUUUAGAUACUGGAGGCUGGGUGAAGAGAAAAAAAUCUAAAUGACCAGAUGCUGUGCCAUUUGCACUUGUUAAUCUCAUGUCUGCUGACUUUUUUUCUCAGGAGUUGUCUCCCAGGAAAUUCCUGUUAAGCUCUGCCUUAUUAUUUCAACAAAUCCAUCUACUUAUGUGAUUUUCCCCCUCGCUGGCUCUUCCAAUAGCUUUUUAUUUGCUUAUAGUGCUUUCUUAAAUGAACUUUUAUGUGAGGAUGGUUGUAGAUUUACAGAAUUAUUGCAAAGAUAGUACAGUUUCUGCAUACUGCAUAUCACUAUCCCCUGUUGUUAAAUGUCUAACAUUGCUGUGGUGGAUUUCUCAUGAUGAACCAAUACUAAUAAAUUAUUAUUAACUAAA